AUGACCAACAUCCAGAACAUUGAAACGUGUGGGCAGCACAUAUCCCUUAGAGUUGGUAUCAACAAUGACAUUGUAAACGAUCUACAGCGUAAAUUGAAAGGAAGACUUAAACCACUGAAAACAGUUACUGGAAUUCAACUUCUCCUGGGCAACGACCUAGCCAACCAGCAAGACUCCACAAACCUGAUCAUCUACGACAAGCUCCAGGUAUGUGAAUCGGCCGUAGAAGAGGAAGACCCUGCCAUGACUUAUGCGGCAGAAGAAGAGGUUAAGGUGACAGAAGAACCAUCAGACAUGCAGGCACAAAUUAAGAAAGAUUCCAUUCUAAUAUUUUAUAUCGGUAACAAUCAAUUGCUGUAUCGUAAAUCUAGACCUGUAAAGUCAAGGCAGAGGAUGUCUAAGGAGAUAAGCACUCCCAAUGAAUCCCUUUAUGGAGUAUCUCCUUAUGAGUUGCUUUACGGUCAUGUGAAACAACCCUUCACCCUUAACAAUGACGCUAGCAGCACCGGCACUGGUGGAGUCUUGAUGCACCAGCGAGAGGUUCCACCUGUCACUGACAACACCUACGAGCUGAAGCCUCGCCAACAACACUACAGUACAAUUGUAAAAGAGUUAUUAGCCAUCGUUCUGUGGCUACACUGCAACGCACCGUUAGAUGUUAGCCCCGGGCCCAGUACCAAGUCCUGGGCCCAGUACCAAGCCUUGGGCCCAGUACCAAGUCCUGGGCCCAGUACCAAGCCCUGGGCCCAGUACCAAGCCCUGGCCCCAGUACCAAGCCCUGGCCCCAGUACCAAGCCCUGGGCCCAGUACCAAGACCUGGGCCCAGUACCAAGCCCUGGGCCCAGUACCAAGCCCUGGCCCCAGUACCAAGCCCUGGCCCCAGUACCAAGCCCUGGCCCCAGUACCAAGUCCUGGGCCCAGUACCAAGUCCUGGGCCCAGUACCAAGUCCUGGGCCCAGUACCAAGCCCUGGGCCCAGUACCAAGUCCUGGGCCCAGUACCAAGCCCUGGCCCCAGUACCAAGCCCUGGGCCCAGUACCAAGACCUGGGCCCAGUACCAAGCCCUGGACCCAGUACCAAGCCCUGGGCCCAGUACCAAGCCCUGGCCCCAGUACCAAGCCCUGGGCCCAGUACCAAGCCCUGGGCCCAGUACCAAGCCCUGGCCCAGUACCAAGCCUUGGGCCCAGUACCAAGCCCUGGGCCCAGUACCAAGCCCCGGCCCCAGUACCAAGCCCUGGGCCCAGUACCAAGCCCUGGGCCCAGUACCAAGCCCUGGGCCCAGUACCAAGCCCUGGCCCCAGUACCAAGCCCUGGCCCAGUACCAAGCCCUGGCCCAGUACUAAGCCCUGGGCCCAGUACCAAGCCCUGGCCCCAGUACCAAGCUCUGGCCCAGUACCAAGCCCUGGCCCCAGUACCAAGCCCUGGCCCCAGUACCAAGCCCUGGCCCCAGUACCAAGCCCUGGCCCAGUACCAAGCCCUGGCCCCAGUACCAAGCCCUAGCCCCAGUACCAAGCCCUGGGACCAGUACCAAGUCCUGGCCCAGUACCAAGCCCUGGCCCAGUACCAAGCCCUGGCCCCAGUACCAAGCCCUGGGGCCAGUACCAAGCCCUGGCCUAGUACCAAGCCCUGGCCCUAG